AACGAAGCCACUGUAGUUGAACUACGGAAGUCUAUAACACGAUUUGUCUUGCGUGAGUGGUAUUGAAGAUGCCAACUGAGAAAAUCGCUGUGGUAACUGGGGCCAAUAAGGGAAUAGGCUUUGCGAUAGUAAAGGGUCUAUGCGAAAGAUUUCAAGGGUCUGUUUAUUUGACAUCGAGAAAUGAAGAAAGAGGAAAGGCGGCAGUAGCGAAGCUGAAAGAGUUGGGUUUUAACCCGCUAUACCACCAACUGGAUAUUGCCAAUCAGACCAGUGUGGAUAAUUUCAAAGAACACAUUCGAACAGCACAUGGAGGAUUGGAUUUGUUGAUUAAUAAUGCUGCCAUUGGGUAUCAGUUGACAGAUCCACCGCAACCAGCCGCCGAACUUGCAAGACUAGCAGAGAACAUCCUAAAUAUCAAUUAUUACGGCACCAAACGCAUAUGUGAAGCGUUAUUUCCAUUGUUACGCAACAAUGCCAAAGUUGUAAAUGUGUCGAGUUCAGCUGGUCAUCCGUCUAGAAUUCCCUUGGCAAGUUUAAGAGCAAAAUUUACCAAUCGUGAUUUGACUGUUCCACAACUGGAACAACUUGUUCAAAAAUUCCUUAGUGAUGCCCGAGACAAUAAAACAGAACAAGAAGGAUGGGGUAAACUCCCUGGUUGCGCCUAUCGAAUAUCGAAAACCGCUGUUACUGCCUUUACAAAUAUCCAACAAAAAAGCUUUGAUAAAGAGGUGCCCCACAGGAAUAUUUCCAUCAAUUCCGUUCACCCGGGUUGGAUUAAAACGGACCUAAAUGAUCAGGGUAUUCAGACCGUUGAGCAGGGUGCCAGGGGGCCUCUUUAUUUGGCGUUGGAUGCAGAAUUAAAGGGGAAAUACGUCUGGUUAGACUGUAGUGUUGUGGACUGGUAUGGAGACACCACUCCACCAAAACCAACAGCAUAACAAAUAUUUGUUAUAAAUAUUAUUAGAUAAAAAUGAAUUGGAUAUGAACAAUACAUACGGAACCAUCGAA